CUUCAACCAUACACCCUCACUCGUUUUUAUCAUCUCUUUCACUUACUUCAAUGGCGCAUGCUCAUGGCCUGAGAAGACGACCCUCUGAAGAACGUGAUGCGGCAAGUGACGCUCUGUACAGGGAAUUAUGGAAGGCAUGUGCAGGGCCUUUGGUGAAUGUUCCUGAGGUGGAAGAAACUGUUUACUACUUUCCUCAAGGUCACUUUGAACAAUUAGAGGCCUCAACAAAUCAGGAACUGGAUCAUCGUAUCCCUCACUACGAUCUCCCUCCAAAGAUCCUUUGUCGUGUAGCUCACGUGCAAAUGAUGGCUGAGCCAGAUUCAGAUGAAAUUUAUGCCCAUGUCAAUUUACUUCCCCAUACAGAUCAAACUGUGCCCCGGAAUCCGCACGCACGCCCUCCUGGUCCACCAAAGCCGUCUGUUCGGACAUUUUCUAAGAUUCUGACUGCUUCCGACACAAGCACGCAUGGGGGUUUCUCCGUGCUUAGGAAGCAUGCCAACGAAUGCCUCCCUCCAUUGGAUAUGAGCCAACCAACCCCAAGCCAGGAUUUGGUUGCCAGAGAUCUACAGGGGCACGAGUGGCAUUUCAAGCACAUAUUCAGAGGUCAACCGAAGAGACACUUACUUACAACUGGAUGGAGCACGUUUGUAAGCUCAAAGAAAUUGGUUGCUGGCGAUUGUUUUAUUUUCCUAAGGGGUGAAAAUGGGGAGCUGCGUGUUGGGACACGCCACCUUGCUCAACGUCAGACCUCUAUGCCACCCGCUGUCAUCUCCAGUCAAAGCAUGCUUAUUGGUGUUCUUGCAUCUGCAUCACAUGCUAUGUUAACGCACACCAUAUUCGCAGUCUACUGCAAGCCACGAGCAAGUCAGUUCGUUGUCGGGAUAAAUAAGUACUUAGAGGCGAUUAAACAUGAAUUUGCGGUUGGAAUGCAUUUCCAAAUGAGAUUUGAAAGAGAAGAUUUACCUGAGAGAAGGUUCACCGGCACUAUCGUUGGAGUUGGAGACUGCUCUUCACAGUGGACGGAUUCUGCAUGGCGUUCGCUCAAGGUGCAAUGGGAUGAACCAGCAACUAUACAGCGGCCAGACAGAGUCUCACCCUGGGAGAUCGAGCCCUUUGUACCUUCGGCUGAUGAGACACCGCAGCCAGCUAUGAAAACCAAAAGGCCUCGAUCUCUUGAGAGACCUCUUACCGAAACUACUACUGUUCCUGCUGCAUCUCCUAUUCGUUCCAACGUUCAGAGCAGCAAAAAGCAAGUCUUCCGGCCUCCUAAGCAGAAAGACCUUAAUGGCAGCAGCCUCCCGAGUUCUGCACCACGUUCUGGCAGAGCAAUGUCAUCUCUGUUAACGGUGAACACCUCUCUGAGCUUGUCCCAAUCUGCACUUUGUAACUCUCCCAUCGCAUCAAGGACAAGGACAAGGAAAUGUCUGGACCAAAUAAAAAAGUCAGGAAACGCAACUGCAUGCCGUGUAUUUGGCUUUGAUUUGAGGAACAACUCGAACAAAAUCUCCCCUCUGUUGGAAAAGGAAGUGCAUUUGCCUCAUCCAAGCACUAAGAGCCCUGAAACCGACGAUAAACAAGGUGUGGACCUCUUGGCUUCAUCAAAAGAGAGAAAGGAUGCUCAAAUGGAGGCCCCUCCGACUGAUACUCAGGGACAGCUGGUUUCGUCACCAAGAACUCGGAUCAAGGUUCAAAUGCAAGGAAAUGUUGUGGGGCGUGGUAUGGACUUGUCUGCUUUCCGUGGCUAUGAUGACCUCAUCGAGGAACUGGAGAGCAUGUUUGCUAUCAAGGGAGAGCUUCGCCAUCGCAACAAAUGGGAGGUGGUUUAUACUGACAAUGAGGGAGACAUGAUGCUUGUGGGAGAUGACCCGUGGCAGGAAUUCUGUAAGAUGGCUAAGAAGAUUUGCAUAUACUCUAGUGAGGAAGUGAAGAAGAUGAGUGCGGUGUGCAAGCUUCCUGCAUCGCCCAUAGACGGUGAAGCCACAAUCAUAAGCUCAGAAUCGCAGCCUAAGUCCGAAGCUUGAAGUUUGUAUAUCCUCUCCAACCACAUUUUUUUAUAUAAUAAACAAAAAUAAACAUUUAGAUUCAGGAUAUACAACGAGGUAGGCUAGGCGCGCGAUGAUCGUUUUUGUUUCGAGAGCUUGCUAUGUUAGCAUUAGCUGAAGCAGGAUAAGUGGAAUAGAACUGAUGGAAGUUCCAUACUCUUGAAAUUUUAAA